UAAGGUGUUCCCACAGGCAGGCUAUCAGUUCAGUGAUACAGUUCUCAGAGAGAUCUGACAAUCCACUGCAAUCAACAUGGGCAAGAUCAUCUUCUACGAGGACAGGAACUUCCAGGGUCGCCACUAUGAGUGCAUGAGCGACUGUGCCGACAUGUCCUCCUACCUGAGCAGGUGCCACUCCUGCAGGGUGGAGAGCGGCUGCUUCAUGGUCUACGACCGCCCCAACUACAUGGGAAACCAGUACUUCAUGAGGAGGGGAGAGUACGCCGACUACAUGAGCAUGAUGGGAAUGAGCAGUGGCAUCAGGUCUUGCCGCAUGAUCCCCAUGUACAGAGGAUCUUACAGGAUGAGGAUCUAUGAGAGGGAGAACUUCGGUGGUAUGAUGCACGAGCUGAUGGACGACUGCGACAACAUCAUGGACCGCUACCGCAUGAACGACUGCAUGUCCUGCAACGUGAUGGACGGCCACUGGCUGAUGUACGAGCAGCCCAGCUACAGAGGCAGGAUGAUGUACCUGAGGCCCGGCGAGUACAGGAGCUUCAGGGACAUGGGAUUCAGUGGCAUGAGGUUCAUGAGCAUGAGGCGCAUCAUGGACAUGUGCUAA